AUGAAAGGUAAAACUAUUGGCAUCGACGAACAAGCCGAUCAUCUUAGAAGUGCCCGCAUUCAAUACAAUCGUGACGUUUUAGGCUCUAUUAUUAAAACUAUUAUACUGGCAGGCAGACAGAAUCUUCCCUUACGAGGCCAUCGUGACGACUCAAAAGUAGACGCGGGUGACGCGAAACUAGAAAACAUUUUGAAAAUGCAACUGAUAAAGAUCUGCGGGGAACAAAUCAAAGAAAAGAUUGUUUCUGACAUCAAUUCUAGUGAAUGCCCAAUUUACUCAGUCCUUGGUGAUGAGGCAACAGACUGCAGCAGUAUCGAGCAGAUGCCAAUUGUUGUAAGGUAUGUUGACUCAAAGCAAGAAAUUAAUGAACGAUUUAUUAAAUUUGUUGAGUGUGAAGGAAUGACUGGCGAAGCGCUAGCGAAGAAUAUCGAAGAUACUUUAAACGAAGUUGGGCUACUACUUUCCAACUGUCGUGGUCAGUGCUAUGAUGGUGCCAGUGCAAUGUCAAGCAAAUCAAAGGGAGUUGCUGGUCGUAUUUUAAAGAAAAAUCCAAAAGCUUUGUAUAUCCAUUACGCUAGUCAUCGAUUGAACCUUGUUGUUGCUAAAGCAUGUGGUGAGCAAACUGUCAAAAACAUGUUGGGGCAUGCUCAAAAGAUCUUCAGUUUCUUCAGCCCAUCCCCCCCUACGAAUGCAGUGCUUGAGGCAGAAUAUGGAAAAGUCUGGGUUACGUCGUAA